ACGUGCCAAAAGUAAAUACCCAUAAUUUCCUUCCCAACUUUCAUCUAAUCCCGCGUUUCUCUCUCUCUCCUCUGAUUGGGGUUGGUCAUAAGUGCGUGGGAGCAGAUGUUUUCAAAGGUUCCACAUGCUAUGGCUUCCCUUCCUUGUUCUAGGGUGGCAACAUCUGUAUAUGGUUUUUGGAAAUGCAAGGUACGAGGUGGGGUUAGUUUAUGGCCUGGAGCAAGGCAACUGUGCCUCAGGAAAGGUCUUUUGUAUGGAUUAAUGCGCUGCUUAUCUAUUCCAUUUAAGACAUUGCAUGGAGCUGGUCAGUCCCUCGGAGUUACACGGCUUCUGUGCAAUGUUUCUUGUAUAUCUACUGCACUGCAAAUUGAAUUGAUUCCAUGUCUUAGGGACAACUAUGCUUUUCUCAUACAUGAUGAGAAUACUGGGACUGUUGGGGUUGUUGAUCCUUCUGAAGCCGUACCUGUUAUCGAUGCACUGACAAAAAAGAAUAGAAAUUUGAAUUACAUACUGAAUACUCAUCAUCAUCAUGAUCACACUGGUGGGAACAUUGAGCUGAAAGAAACGUAUGGUGCAAAGGUGAUUGGCUCAGGAAAAGACAGAGAUAGAAUUCCUGGAAUUGAUAUCGCCUUAAAUGAUGGUGAUAGGUGGAUGUUUGCAGGCCAUGAAGUUCAUGUAAUUGAAACUCCUGGCCAUACAAAAGGGCACAUUAACUUCCAUUUUCCUGAAUCUGGAACAAUUUUUACUGGAGACACUUUGUUCAGUUUAUCUUGCGGGAAGCUUUUUGAAGGAACACCUGAAGAGAUGUUAGCUUCUCUUAAAAAGAUCAUGUCACUGCCAGAUGAUACAAGUAUCUUUUGUGGACAUGAGUAUACCUUGAGCAAUGCAAAGUUCGCGUUGUCUAUAGAGCCAAAUAAUGAAGUCCUUCAAUCUUAUGCUUCACGUGUGGCACAAUUGCGCAACAAAGGGUUGCCAACGAUACCCACGACUCUGAAGUUAGAAAAGUCCUGCAAUCCUUUCCUUCGGGCUUCAAGUACUGAGAUCAGGCAAUCAUUAAAUAUUCCGGCCUCAGCAGACGAUGCUGAAGCUUUGCGCAUCAUCCGCCAAGCAAAGGAUAAUUUUUAGUUUAUCAUUUGUCUGUAGAUAAAGCAGUGUGAUAAGCUAUAGCAGUUGGUUCCAAUCUUUUGGGAUUUUGUUGCUAUAAUGUACUAAAUAGAGCUCUUUUUUAGUUUGUACUUGGGCUAUACGAGGAUGGCAAAUCCAUGGAAUUGCAAUGUUCAUGCCGUUGCUCCAUAAAACAUUUGUUUUUUGGAUUUUCUUGAAAGAAAAAGGCCUGAUCAUCCUCCCUUUUCAAAGCUCUGCUGAUUUUCUUACAA